AUGAUGGGUUCUUGGAAGCAGUGUCUUUUUUGUGUGUCUCUGGUCACUGCUCUGAUUUUUGUGUUUGUUUACAAUCAUGAGUUAUGGGAGAAUAAAAAUUUCCCGGGAGCAUCUCUGUCCAAUGCUUCGCUAUUAGCAGAAGCCUGUCGUCAGAUUUUUAAGGGGAAGGUUUUUUACCCAACAGAGAAUGCAUUGAAAACUACCCUCAGUGAAUCUACCUGUUAUGAGUACAUAGCUCAGAGUCACUACAUAACAGAAGCACUCUCUGAAGAAGAGGCUGGCUUCCCUUUGGCUUACAUGAUGACCAUCCACAAAGAUUUUGGCACUUUUGAGAGACUCUUCAGGGCAAUUUACAUGCCCCAAAAUGUCUACUGUGUUCAUGUGGAUAAAAAGGCAACAGAUACAUUUAAAGAUGCAGUGAAGCAAUUACUGAGCUGCUUCCCAAAUGCUUUUCUGGCUUCCAAGAUGGAGCCCGUGGUCUACGGUGGGAUUUCCAGGCUCCAGGCUGACCUGCACUGCAUCAAAGAUCUUGCAGGCUCUGAGGUUCCGUGGAAAUAUGCCAUCAACACCUGUGGGCAAGAUUUCCCCCUGAAAACCAACAGGGAGAUAGUUCAGUAUCUGAAAGGAUUUAAAGGGAAAAACAUCACCCCAGGGGUGCUGCCUCCCGAUCAUGCUAUUGGACGGACUAAAUAUGUCCACCAAGAACUACUGAGCAAAAGAAAUUCCUACAUGAUUAAAACCGCGAAAUUGAAAACUCCACCUCCUCACAACAUGACUAUUUACUUUGGCACUGCCUAUGUGGCCCUCACGAGGGAAUUUGCUAAUUUUGUCCUCCAAGACCAACAGGCACUUGACUUCCUGUCCUGGUCCAAGGACACCUACAGUCCUGAUGAACAUUUCUGGGUCACACUCAAUAGGAUUCCUGGUAUGUAUGUCUCUUAA